AUGACUUCCACUGAACCAGUCCAUUUCACGCCCGCCAAUGAACGAACCUUCCAUGGGGUUGAAGGCGCUUCGUACGUCUUGCCUGCAGAUGUGGAAGAAGCAAAGAGGUUGCACGCAGGUGAGGGCUGUUCUGAAGUCUGGGUUUGUAGACUCGAUGCGCAGCACGAUCUUCUGAAAGAGGUGUUCGACAACCGCAUCCUGUUUCCUCCUGUGGUCCUUGUAGGUGACGAUGCUGUUCUCGACAAUGGUACUGGUACCGGCAUAUGGAUUACGGACCUACGUCAAAAUGUUGCAUCUUCCAUAUCCCUCUACGGUGUUGACCUCCACACUCGCCUCGUCCCGUCUAACCCUCCUGUUAACACCACCUUCCUUCCAAUCUCCUUCCUUGACCUCCCCGCAGAAUGGUCGAACAAGUUCACGCUCGUCAACCAGCGCCUGAUGAUCGCUGCUCUCACGCGCGAGAAUUGGAAACAGGACAUCCGCGAGAUCCACCGAGUGCUCCAGAAACCCGGCGGAUGGGCGCAGUUUCUUGAGAUCUCUGGACGCGUCGAUGCGCCUGAAGGUGAAGCGGACGAGCACGCAGACUGGUUCACCAAGAUCGUCGCGGCGCUCACUGGUCACGUCGGGCUUGUGCAGGAGUGCUACAAGGACAUUCCCGGUCUCCUCCGCGACGCUGGUUUCGCAAACGUUGUUGUCGAGGAGCGGCGCGUGAAACUUGGCAAAGGAAAUGGUCUGGUGGGUGAGCGGAUGUUGCAUAAUGUGGCGGGUAUCUUUGAGGGGUUCAAAGCACCGAUCUUGAAGGCUGGCGGAUUCAGCAUGGUGAGCUCGGAUGCAGAAUAUGACGCUCGCGUCGCUGGCUUGGUCGAGCGGUGCAAUGCGAGGGAGAGAAUUGAGACGAGAUGGUACGCCAUCUAUGCCCAGAAAGCAUGA